UUGCUAAAUUAAGAAGUUGAUAGUGCUACAAUAUUUAAUUUAGUGAUGGGGAGAGUGAAGCUCCAAAUCAAGAAAAUAGAGAACACUACAAAUAGGCAGGUCACUUUCUCCAAGAGAAGAAAUGGACUGAUUAAGAAAGCCUAUGAACUUUCUGUGCUUUGUGAUGUUGAUGUUGCCCUCAUCAUGUUUUCCCCUUCUGGAAGGGUCAGCAUCUUCUCCGGUAACUCAAGCAUCGAAGAGAUCAUGGCGCGAUUUGUUAACCUUCCCGAGCACGAAAGAGGAAGGCUGCAUAACCAGGAGUACCUAGAGAGGGCCCUUGGAAAGUUGAAAGCUGAAGCGGAUCGAAACUAUAAUCAAGCUGCUGCUACAGGCAGCCCAGCCAGCAAUGCUAGCAUGAUGCAUGCUCAGAUUGAGGAAAUGCAGCAAGAAUUGCUCAAAUGCAGGUGCCAACUUGAAGAUGCAGAGAAAAAAUUAAGGGUUUAUGAAAGUGAACUGUGUGAUAUUUCUACAUUGGGUGAAGCUGAGUACAGAGAGCAAGUUUUGGAAGAAAAUCUCAAGCAGAUAAGGCUGCGAAAGCAUGUUUUGCAAGAUCAGCACAACUCCCCUGGUGCCCAAUCUUCACAGGUGAUGAGCUAUCCCUCACAAAGUACUGACAUGAAUGUUUUGGCUGCAAGAAAUCCAGACAAUGUGUUGGAUUGGCUUCCCCAAAGAGAUCCACAAACUCAGAUCCUCAAUUUCUUGGACUCCAAUGGCCUACUUCCUAUGAGGGAUCAGCCUCCUCAACGGAUGGACAACAUCCUCCCGCAAUCCCUGACUCUCGUGCACGCUCCAAGCGUGCACGUCUACAACCACCUGAGCCCGAGCCGCAGCAUGGAGGACGACGUGCAGCGGUCUGAAUUUGGACCGGCCAUCGAUGUUAAUCUCUCACCGUGGGCUGAUUUGUACCCCACAGGAAAUGACCCUUUCCCGACCGCGCAGCCGAGGGAACGAGCGCUUCUUGAACUGUAUCUAUCACAGCUUACCCCAGUGAAUCAUGAUCAUAUUUGAAUAGAUUUCUCAAUUUUAUUCAAACAAUAGAAAUAAGAUCUCUUGUGACUUUGUUACCGGUAGAUUUUAAUUGUUAUUUAAGUUUUUCGAGAUCUUAUUUUAAGUAGAUGUUACAUAAUGCAUCAACUCAAACAAUUUAUGUUAUUAAUCUCUUGUUUUUGAA